AUGGCUGGGCAACUCCUCACGCCCUCCCCAUCGCCAUCGCCACCAGCUACGCAAAGAACUAUACUUCCAGCAGAGAUUAACGCUGCCACCCGCAAGCAGCACACAGAGCUCAACCGCCUGAUAGUUGACCGACUCCCGCUCGCGCUUCCACCGCACCAAGGGACGCCAGCGUUGUAUGGGCAAGGUCUGGCUGCAUUCGCAGAGAUCUAUUUCACCUUUGAAGAGGUCUGGUCAGAUUUGGCAACGUCCUCGAAGCAAAGGCCUGGGAAAAAUGGCGACUCGUACGAUACUCUAGUCCGGCAAUGGCUGGCAAGUCUGCGACCAGACGAAUUGAAGAGGUCCGCUCGGCUUCAGGAUGAUAUCAAGCACCUCUCCUCCAUCACCAACAGGCGUCUUGGUCCGCUCAGCGCUCGACAGCUUCUCGUGCUGCAGCGGAUGACGGAAGAGAUACACGCGAAGCCGCAUACCUUGAUCGCAUACAGCUGGGUCAUGUACAUGGCAAUCUUCAGCGGUGGCCGCUGGAUCCGGCAGGAACUGGCCAAAGCAGGACCUGAGUUCUGGGGUCAAUCCCUUCCUACAGCCGACGAUGCUGGUACCCAGUCAAGCCGUGACUUGCUAGGCAUCUCAUUCCUAUCCUUCGAGGGCACACAUGAUGGCGAGGACAUCAAGGCAUCAUACAAGAGUGAACUGGUGCAGGCGGAGACGCUUCUAACAUUUCAGGAGAGGCAGGACGUUAUCGAAGCUUCCCAGCAGCUAUUCGAGGAUUGCAUCGCUCUUGUUGGAGAGCUCGACGAGGUCGCCCAGCGACAGCUCGUAAUCGAGAAGGCCAAGACAGCUGCCCCUUGGAUUCUGGCGAUUUUGCUUGCUGGAUUCUGUUGGCUCGUCUUCAAAGGCGCCUCUAGUAGGAUAUGA